AUGGAAGAUACUCUUCGCCCUAACGUGGAGUACAGGACUUUCAUCCCGAACAAUAGGUCCAGUUUUCUCGCUACUAGCGUAAGCCGGAUGCAACGAGACCUAUCCUGUUCUCUCCACCAAGUUGGCCCGCUUGAAGUCAAAGAAGACGUAACAGCACCCAUGAUUCGGCGAGUGGCAGGUAAAGUCCCACACGUGUGCGUAGUUGGCGCUGGUGUAGCCGGCCUUCGGUGUGCAGACGUUCUGCUACAACAUGGUUUGAAGGUCACCAUACUUGAGGGUCGAGAUCGAGUCGGCGGGCGUAUCUGUAAGUCAUUGUCCAGCCCGCAGGUGUGGACGCACAGCUGUAUCAAAUCAAUCACUAAUGCAGUGUAUCGAAGCGGACCAAAUUGGAUACAUGGUACCGACAAUAAUCCAAUACUGGACCUUGCUCGAGAGACAAAUACAAGAGUGAUGAAUUGGGAUGGUCGCCAAGCCGUAUUUGAUCAUCUGGGCAACCUUAUGCCUGAACCUGAAGCCGCCGAAAACACGGAGCAUGUUUGGACCAUUAUUGAGCGUGCUAUGAAGCUUUCAAACGACGACUCAGCCUCAAUACCCGCAGAAAAAAGCUUAUACGACUUCUUCAAGGAGCAAGUUGUCGAGAUGUUUCCACCAGAUGACGAGGGCGAAGGAAAGGCAAAGAGCAAGCAAAAUACCAUACUUCAAAUGGGGGAGAUGUGGGGUGCAUUCGUGGGGAGUCCAGUCCAGAGCCAAAGCCUUAAAUUCUUCUGGAUGGAGGAGUGUAUUGAUGGAGAGAAUUUGUUUGUCGCAGAGACUUACCACAAAGUCCUAGAGAAAAUUGCUGAGCCCGCAUUGAAGGCAACUGUCAAGUUUGGUCAUGUGGUGAAGGAAAUUGUUUCCAGCAUCACGGAUCAAGGGAAUGGGACCUCUGUAACAGUGAAGAUUGAAGGUCAACAAAGUCAAACUUACGACGAGGUGGUCAUAACCGCGCCAUUGGGAUGGCUGAAGAGAAAUUUGCAUGUGUUCAAGCCAGAACUACCUGCACGGCUUAAGGCAGGUAUCGACUCCAUCAGUUACGGACAUUUGGAUAAGGUUUAUAUCAACUUCCCUACAGCUUUCUGGAACGACAAAUCUUUCCAAGAGACUACAGCAACAUCUAGAGUCAAAGACCAUAGUGUCCCUAACGGAACUGCGACAGCCGCUCCACACCACCAAAACCAAGACGAGGAAUCAGUUUCUGCUACGAUCAAUCCGAAACAUUGGCCAGGCUUCACACAUUGGGCUGCACCGUCGUACGCAGAGCAUACGAACCCAUUACGCUGGAAUCAAGAAGCCGUGAAUCUUGCCGCUUUGCCUGGCUCUACAGCUCAUCCGACUCUGCUAUUCUACAUCUUCGGACCGACUUCACUACACAUUGCCAAGAUGCUUGCUUCGAACCCAGAGUCGAAACAUCAAGAACUACUCACAGAAUUCUUUCACCCAUAUUUCUCUCGUCUUCCAAAUUACUCCGCCAACGACCCUGCGCAUCAGCCCAAAGCAGUCUUGGCCACUGCUUGGGCAAAUGAUGAACUUUCAGGCUAUGGCUCAUACUGCAACUUCCAAGUCGGCUUGGAGAAGGGCGACGAGGACAUCGAGACCAUGAGACAGGGUAUGCCGGAGAGGGGCGUUUGGCUAGCAGGAGAGCAUACAGCACCAUUUGUCGCUUUGGGGACUGUGACUGGUGCUUAUUGGUCGGGCGAAGGUGUUGCAAAGCGGAUCGUCAAGGCGUAUGGCAUCGAUGCUGUUAACGAGAGGAAGGCCUGA